GAGCCUUGGUUCCUGGCUACAUCCAUAGCAGCGGCGGCGCUGGGUGUGGGUGGCCGCCAUCUAGGAGGUCUGGAAGCCUUGACGCUGUCGACGGGCGACCCGCCGCAGCUGGCCAUUGUACUUUUGUUAUCUUUGGCCACGCUACCGGGAUUCCUGGCAGCAGCGAGUUAUGCUGCUGACUGGAGCGAAGCCCGCAGCUUGAGGUGGAGCUUUGCAGCACUCGGGGUGGGUUUCAGCCUGCUCCACCCAGGACGUGUGCCGUCAGUUGGCGAAGAAGGCGAGGGUGAUUGGGCACAUCUUGCGGAUGGGAUCCUGUCGGCUUCAGCAGUUGGGCGCGGUUUGCUGCUCCACUUGCUGUUUGCAUCAUUCGCGCAGGCCUUGGCCUGCAUCGGGUGCUGCUGUCUUGGUACCGUGCCGAGGGGCCACGUGUUGAAGCAGAUCGCCUGGAGGCCGGUGGCCCUUGCAGUGGCUUGCUGCGCGUUCGUCAGCGAUGCGGCUGCAGCACGGAUUUUCGAGUCCCGCUCACGAUGGCUCACGGUGGCCUCAGCAAACUUCCUGGCUGCUGUGGCUUGUGCCAGCUUCCCACAAAGCUCGCGCAGACCUCCGCCCCUUUCAGAGUGGGCCGAAGGCUAUGCUGGGCUUCGCGAUCUCCGGCCUGGGCGGCAGCGGCUCGACUCACGCGACUCGCGAGACUCGCACCUGCGUGCCGGUGUGGUCGGAGGCCUGCGGCGGCUGAGCGCUCGGUUUUUGCCUACACGCAAAAAGGACUUGCUAGAUCCUGCCUUCGUGAACUGCAUCCUUGCCGAACUUUGGCCAAGCCUCCGUGGCAUGCUGGAGGAAGAUGUCGUCAAGGGUGAGUUCCAACAAAUUCUUCAGAACGUCACAGCUGCGUUGAAGUUCGACAGGAUCUGCCUUGGCACGGAGCCUCUGAAGGUGCUUUCUCUGUCGAUGGUCCCGGCCACCACCACCGAACGCGCCAUUACUAUCUCCGCCGAAGUGGAAUUCUGUGGCAAGGACGUUGACCUGACUUUGAGCCUCAUGUUGGGCAGACUGGUCGGAUUGUCGGUCAGCGUAGACCGGUUCUCACUUCGAGGAUCGCUCCUUCUGUCGUUCCGGUAUCUGACCCCGCACCUUCCGCUGACACAGGGACUCACCAUCGCCUUCGUGAACCCGCCAGCAGUGGAUUUGAGUCUGCGCACACCGGCGGGUUCACUACCCUUCCUGCCAGAGCGAGCUCGAAAGGCCCUGAUCGCUUUGGUCGACUCCACGAUUGCCCGAGAUUUGGUGCUGCCGAAUCGCUUGCCGCUGCCCUUCGGCACGCUGUGGCCUCUCGAGCGGCUGCAGCAUGCCCGACCCGAGGGCGUGCUCUUCUGCCGAGUUCUUGGCGCUUGUGGUGUCACGGCGGAGCGAAACAGCUUUGGUGCCGAGCGCGCCGUCCGCUGCUGUCUUUCUCUUGGCGCCGCCACUUGGAGAUCCGUUGCAGCACACAGUGAAGAUGGUGAGCUGAUCUGGGAUGAGCAGCCCGCUUUUGUGGUAGACGCUUUCUCAAGCCAGGAGUUGAGGAUUGCGCUGCAUGAGUGCCACACCUUCAGUGACCGGCAAUCUGGUCAAGUGAAGGCGCUGCCUUUAGAGGAGUUGGUCGAGCGGAGCAAGCACCAGCACAUGCCCAGCUGGUCUCUUCAGGCCUCGGCUGUUGGGAGCGCCGCAGGACUUGGAAGUCCCCAGAUCCUUCUCUCGGCCAUCUUCCAUCCGGUCUCGCGACAGCGUGCUUCCUUCGACAAGAAGCUGGGCUCGCUUGUGAUGAUCACCGUUGACUGCGCCCGUCGCAUCCCUGAUGCCUUUGCUGGCCGCCGGCUCGCAGUGCGCGCGUUCCUUGCCACUCACGGCCGCCCAGCGCAUGGUGAUCGACCGGCCAUCCAAAGCUACUCCCUUCGAGCUUCGUACGUGCUUCCUCUGCAUGCAGCCACUGGAAUCCUCGAGAGACUUCUCCUUUGCAACUUCACAGCGCCGACUUCGGCUUUGGGCGACUCCUCAGACGAGGAUCCGCACGGGACAAAGCCUUACCAGGGCUACCUGAAGUCAGAAGAGGCUCGAUGGCGAGAUCGGCUCAGCAACCUCUUGUCCUUGCUGAGUGCGGACGGCCGCGACCUUACCGAAUGGCUGGACUCGGACCGAGCCGGUUGCAUCAAGUCAAUCGCCCUCAUCCUGGAUUUGCCUGUUUGGGCAGAGCAGAGACUGGGCGAAGUGAUGGAUGAAAUGCGUCAGGCACAGUUCGCCGCCCGCCGUGUCUGGGCUCGGCGACGGGGCACAGCGGAGGCCCCAGUGACUGUGACGCGGGCCCUGGAGUGCUGCUGGCGACAGCAGCUCCGCUUGGUGGCUUCAAGUGCCUGGGCAGGUAAUUUUCAAACUGGAGAUAGCUUGGCACCCGUAGUGUGCAGCAUCCUGGUUGCAUGGCAGUUAGUGUCGCGUGAGCUUGUCAGGGACAGACAGAGCUUACUCAGCCAAUUUCCACGGGACUUUGGCUCAAGAUGCAUCGAAGAGUUCAUGUUGGCUUGGAAAAGAGACUACACAUCUUGUGUUGCAGACAUGCUGAAUGUAGAGACACAUCCCAUAGGCAUUCCAUUCUGCAUUGAGGUAGCACUCCUUCCAGGUGCCAGCCUGAUCAGCAUUCUCCUGCUAAUGGUGGGGAAAGCGUUGCCUGUAUUAACAUGGUAG